GUCAACGAGAUCUCAAGACGCUACAUCGAGGAUGGAGAACGAUACCUUGCUCAUAAACGUCGAGUUCAGCGGGGGUCUCGAGUUGCUCUUUGCAAACCAGAAGAAGUAUGCUCUGUCGAUACCAAGCAAGGAUGACUCCGGCGCGCCUUCGAAUGUAGCCCACUUGGUGAGAUAUCUUUGCGACAAGGUCAUGAAGGAUCCACGGAAAGACAUGUUCGUACUUGACGAUGCUGUCCGCCCUGGUAUCUUGGUCCUCAUCAACGAGGCAGAUUGGGAACUAGAAGGAGAAGACCAGUACGAGUUGCAGAGGGGCGACCACAUCAUGUUUGUAUCUACCCUGCAUGGAGGAUAGCAACUGCACUAGGUCAUUCACAAACCGAGAAAUACUUAGACGAAGAAAAGUAUGAUUUCUGAUGAACUGUCAAUUAUAUGUGCCUCGACGUUGAUAUCGACAGGCCAAUCGUAAUAAAGAAAAG